GCAGUAAAGUAAAGAGGAAGGGGCGGAAAUGCAACUUGAACGCUACUGGUAGCGCGGUGACGAAUGUAUUGACGGUUUUCUGGUCUGCCGGUUUUUUUGUUUUGUUUUGUUAUUUAUUUUUUAUUAUUUUUUUAAUUGUAUGAGUAUUUGUAGUUGUCAUGUACUAUUAAAGUUCGUCAUUGGUUAACAAGUAAACUAUACAGCUCGCGCUUUACGCUAGCUUUAUGAUAACAAGGACGACUACUCACCACUACAAUUUCAUAUGCUAGCUCAUGCUCCUUUCCGCUUGCUAAAGCUCGACGAGACGACAUUCUAUUUCACGUAGAAAGAAUUGAAGUUGCAAAUAAAGAAAUGGCGUUAAAAUCAGGAGAGGAACGUCUGAAGGAGAUGGAGGCGGAGAUGGCUCUGUUUGAGCAAGAGGUUCUUGGUGGCCCAGUGCCACUAUCAGGAAACCCACCUGUCAUGGAGGCGAUACCUGUAGCUUUGGCUGUCACAGCGCUACCAGUAGUCCGACCAAUUAUUGGCACCAACACCUACAGACAGGUCCAGCAAACACUAGAGGCCAGAGGGGCUUUUGUUGGACCACCACCGACCUUUGUUGGACCAGUCCCUCCAGUACGUGCUCCCCCUCCUCCAAUGAUGAGACCAGCCUUCGUUCCCCAUAUUUUACAGAGACCUGGUGGUCCGAGGCUCCAUAUCAUCCGCGGCCCUCCUGUAGCCCCUCCUAUGCCACGGCCUCCUCCGCCUCCACCCAUGAUUUCGACUUCCAUGCAGGGCCAAACACCUCAGGGCCUUUCUCCACCGAUCCAACACAUGACUACUGCACCUCCGGUCAGUGAUGUAAUGUCGAUAGUGCCCUCCCCACCCACAAGAACAGGAGUCCCGACUUCCAACAAGCCCCCUACAAUCUUUCAAGCAGCGCCAACUGUUUAUUCUGCACCUCCUGUCACUGUUGCACCCCGAAAAAAUGACGCAAGAGCUCAGCGGCAAGCCAGAAUGGAGGAGCUGGCAGCUCGGGUUGCCGAGCAACAGGCUGCAGUGAUGGCAGCAGGACUCCUGGAGAAGAAGGAGCGUGAAGACAGCGGGGCCGUCAUCGGACCCAGCAUGCCUGAGCAUGAGCCUGCACGCAAUGAGCCUGUGGAAACUUCCUCGGAAGACAAAAAGGGAAAGCCGAAGUCAGAGAAAAUAAAGAAGUGCAUUCGAACGGCAGCAGGGACUUCCUGGGAGGAUGCCAGCCUGUUGGAGUGGGAACCAGAUGACUUCCGUAUAUUCUGUGGGGAUCUUGGUAAUGAGGUCAACGAUGACAUACUGGCCAGAGCCUUCAGCAGAUAUCCGUCAUUCCUCAAAGCGAAGGUGGUGCGAGACAAGCGCACAGGAAAGACAAAAGGCUAUGGCUUUGUCAGCUUCAAAGAUCCAAAUGAUUAUGUGCGAGCCAUGAGGGAGAUGAACGGGAAGUAUGUUGGUAGCCGUCCCAUCAAACUGAGAAAGAGCAUGUGGAAGGACCGCAACAUGGAGGUUGUACGAAAAAAGCAGAGAGAGAAGAAGAAGCUAGGCCUUAGAUAGAUAGCCUUGCAGACUGCAUUGACAUCUCUGCAAAUGGACUAAGAUGUGAUUUGCUCCCCCUCCCUCCCAGAGGACACGUCACCCCCGACCCCACCCAUGGUGUUUUCUCAAGAAUUAACCCAUUUAAAAUUUUUGCUCAGCAUACAGUCAUCCCAAGUUUUGUACAUUCAUCACUGUUCAUUUUAUUGCAAGCUCAGAUCACAAAAUGCAGAUUGUACAACUUUCUUUAGAUCUAGAAGUGAAGGCUUUGUUUCACUUUAUUCCUUUCCUUUAUAUACACUGAUUAAAUAUUUGGAAGUCA